AUGAUCUUUCAGGGAAUAAUCGCUAAUGAGACAUUGGCCUACUUUAUGGCCCGCAUCUACCUCUUCCUCUACAUGGUUGGCGUGAAACCUGAUCGUUGCCGUUUCCGUCAACACAUGAAGAACGAGAUGGCCCAUUACGCCUGUGAUUGUUGGGAUGCUGAGUGUCUCACUACUUAUGGUUGGAUCGAAUGUGUUGGCUGUGCUGAUCGAAGCUGUUAUGACCUCUCGCAACACCAAAAAGUCACCGGCGUUCGAUUGGUUGCUGAAAAACCCCUUCCGGAGCCUGUGAAGGUUAAGAAGACUCAAUGCGUGCCAAACAAGGCCAAGAUUGGCAAAACUUUUCGUUCAGAUUCGGCCCAGAUUCUCAAAGCCUUUGAAGCACUUACCUUAGAUGAAAGCGCCAAGCUCCAUGAGGAAUUGCUCAAGGCCAAAAAGUAUACGCUCUCUGUCAACGGUUCCAACUUCGAAAUCACCCCUGAUAUGGUUACUGUUAGUGAAGAAGUAACAAUACACGUCGAGGAAAUCACGCCCAGUGUUAUUGAACCCUCCUUUGGAAUUGGCCGUAUAAUGUAUGCUAUUUUGGAGCAAAACUUCCAUACUCGUGAAAACGAUGAACAGAGAACUUUCCUCUCUCUUCCACCAAUAAUCGCGCCUUACAAGUGCUCUGUUCUACCACUGUCUAAUCACAAAGAUCUCGCGCCUUUUGUGCAUAAACUCUCUGAGAAGUUGACUCGUGUUGGAAUUUCUCAUCGUGUUGAUGAGAGCAGUGGAUCGAUCGGGCGAAGAUAUGCUCGAACGGAUCAAAUUGCCAUUCCCUACGGUAUCACUAUUGACUUCGACACAGUAAACCAAACACCAUCAUCUGCCACACUUCGUGAAAGGGAUACCAUGAAGCAGAUCCGUGUACCGUUAGAAGAUUUGCCCGAGUUGGUGAGUGAUUUGGCUAACGGAAUUGUCUCUUGGGCCGACGCACUUGCAAACUAUCCGAUCUUCGAACAACAAGAGACUACCAAGUAG